UUCAUUGGGAUAGUCUCAUUCAUAUAAAAAAAAAAAACAAACAAAGUACCAAAUCGAAAAUUGUAAAAUAAUAAUUAUUGAAAAAUGAGUGAUAAGAGUGAAAAUUCCAAGAUGUCUACAGUAGCACCACCAGUGGAACUGCCAAGCUUUGUUCUAAAACAACAGAAAGAGUUAAAAGAGACAACAGGAAGUAACUUUAAAGCUGCAAUUCCUUCCCAAGAUGACUCAGUUCCAUACGAUACUCAAAAUCAUGAAAAUAAAGGAGAAAGUGAGGAGCAGGAUGAAACACCAUCAUUACAAAUGCAGGAUAUAGCUCAAGCUUUGACUCCAUUAACUGAAGGUGUUAAAAAUUCAGUUUUUUAUGGAUGGAUGAAAGAUUCAUUAAAGAGCAGUAUGGAAAUCGCAAAAGAUAGUGUCCAAAAAGUCGUCGUGACUUUAGAUCCUCAGAUGGGUAGUAUUUUGCAUAGUGGAGGUAAUAUUGAAGUUAUAGUAGCGAGUAAUAAUGAAGAUAAAAUAGAUCCAGUUCGAGAGGCAUUUCAAGGAAUUUUUAAAAAGGCAACAAUUUAUGGUCGGGGAAGUCAUUCAAUCAUCGCUGCACAGCCAGUCGGAUUUCAAAAUGCAGAACUGGCUGCAAAAGAACGAAUCAAUCAGUUGAGACUUAAUGAAUCAUACAUUGAUAAAGUGAUUUUGUCAGUUGAGAAUUUCUUACUAGAAGUUUCAGACACACAUUGGUUUGAUCUUGAUCUACUUUUACUUUCGGACUCGAGACAUAAUAUCACUAUUAAAUUAUACACUCAGAUGACCCCGAUUCCAUUUGAAAUGGUCCAAAUCAUGCAAUCUGACACUCCGAGUGAUUAUGAUAAGAAGGAAACGGGAUAUAGCAUAACUGUUGGACGAAUCAUGGCCCAAAAUUUAGAUGUUCAACAUUAUGAAUGGCACAAGACGUAUACAUCAAUUGAUCGAAGUGAGAUGAUCUUUAAUGCAGCAAAAUCUCUUGCAUCCAUUUAUAAGAGGGAACUUCAAUUAAAAUCAACAAAGAAAGUUGAGAGUACUAAUUAAAGAAUCAAACUAGUAAUAAAGCUGAUCACGCUUCAUGGGAAUAUUCACACAAUCCUAUAGAACUCUCUAUGUAUUGUUCAAAAAAUCUUGCAAAAUCUUCUCUCAAUAAAAUGUAAGACUUAAUAUCAACAUUUUGCUGUAUUAU